AUGGACUACAACAUGGAGGACACUCAAAACUCGGCACCCGAGACCCGGGAAGCUACCAAGCUGAGUGGCGCUGGACAGCGCGGUGACACGCAGAGCGUCACCAAGCGCCUGCAAGCUGAGCUGAUGCAGCUCAUGAUGGCGCCCUCGCCUGGUAUCUCUGCCUUCCCCGACGCCGAUGGCAACCUUCUUUCCUGGACGGGGACUAUCACCGGCCCCACGGAGACGCCCUAUGAAGGAUUGACGCUGAAGCUCUCCUUUGCUUUCCCUAACAACUACCCUUACUCUCCGCCCACCGUCCUCUUCAAGACCCCCAUCUACCACCCCAAUGUCGACUUCUCUGGCCGAAUCUGCCUGGAUAUUCUGAAGGACAAGUGGAGCGCUGUGUACAACGUCCAGAGUGUGCUUCUGAGCUUGCAAAGUCUCCUGGGCGAGCCCAACAACGCGAGCCCACUGAACGCUCAGGCUGCCGAGCUCUGGGACUCGGAUCAAGAAGAGUUCAAGAAGCACGUCCUGGCCCGUCACCGCGAUAUCGACGACGAGUAA